AUGCUGCAUCUAUUACGAUUUGCAGUUGUUCUUCUCUCUAUUGUUAUUGUUAGAAGUGCUUCGAAUUGUCCAGAUCGAAAAUUCAUCAAAGAAUCUCUCGGCAAAGUUCAUAUCCCUGGGGCGGCUAUUAUUGUAGUAAACGCCACUGAUACACUAUACGAACAAGCAUUUGGAUACCAAUCACUUUUACCAGAACAUUCAAUAGAUAUUGAUAACUCAAUUUUUACUUUAGCAUCGAUUUCAAAGACAUUUAUUGGUGUGGCUGUCAUGCAGCUUGUCGAGAAAAACCUAAUUGAUCUUGACGCUGAUAUUAAUCUAUACUUAUCAGAACCUGAUCGAAAAAUCUUUCAUCCACAAUAUCCUUCACAUGCCAUCACUCUUCGUAAAUUACUUUCACAUACAGCUUCAAUUAAUGGUACGAUCUCGUCGCUUACGAAUUUCAUUCGACCGGAUGAUACGGUGUUCACCUCAGAAACAGUUUUAGCUGAUAUGUGUUUUACCUAUUUCAGUCCGAAUUCAUCGCAUUGGUUACCAAAACCACCUGAUACUGUAGCCUUCUAUUCCAAUGAAGGUUCAUCUCUAGCUGCAUUAGUUGUUGAACGAGUUACAAAAAUGCCUUAUGAUCAAUAUAUCAAAGAGUUUAUUUUAAAACCGUUAAAUAUCGAUAUUCAUAAAACAGGUUUUCGUUUGAGUGAUUUUAAAAACAGAAAGGAACUGGUCAAACAUUAUGUACAUAUAUGCAAUAAAUGA